UGUAAACCCGGAGAAGAAACCGAGUAGGCGUGGCGAAGAAGAACAUGGCGACGCACUUGUGAAAGUCAUGAGCUACUCGUCUGGGGAGAAUUACCGGUCUUAUUGUAUUACAAAACUAUAUUAACAAUGAUUUAAUGCCUUAGGUACCACAUUGCAUUUAAACGAGAGACAUAUUUCUUCUGGGACUGCAGUUGUUUUACAAUGGAGCAUAUUCAGCAACUACGAAAUUUGAAGGAUUUUCUGAUGGUUUACAAUCGGAUGACAGAGAUCUGCUUUCAACGAUGCACAACCAACUUCAAUUACAGAUCUCUCACUAUGGACGAGGAGCGCUGUGUGGACGGCUGUGCGGGUAAACUCAUCCGCACCAACCACCGCCUGAUGGGCACUUACGUGGAGCUGAUGCCUGGAAUGGUGCAGCGGCGUAUGGAGGAGCUGGAGAGCAAGUCUGCUGAAAUGGCCAAGGAGGAGGCUCAAGCCGCCGGUGCCGGAGUGGCGCUGACAGCGGUGCCAGCAGUGCCAGGCCCGGCAGCCGUAGAUGUACCCGUUGCGGUCGUCCCACCGGACGUGGCAGCAGCCUUCACCACCGCAGAUGCCCCACCUGUGUUUGUCUCCGAAGCCACAGGAGCAGUUCCAGAUCUUUCGGCCUCAGCUUCACAGGCUGCAGACAUGCCCGUGAUGAAUGGACUGUCUUUAAAUGCAGCUGCUGGGAAUGGUGCACCAGUCUUUGUCAUGCCACCAAUUCUGGCACCAGAACUGUCAGCUCCAUUAGACUUAGUCCCUCUUAUGACAGAAUCCCCUAGUUCUGAAGCUAAGGUAUCAGUGCCCACAGCUGUUAAAGCAUCAAGUACACCCAUUGCUAUACCAUCAGUGACCGAGUUACCCAUACAGGGGUCCGCACUCAGCAUUUCUGAGGAAAUGAAGAUCUUCUCACCUAUAGAGCUACCAUCAACAGCACCACCACCAGCGCUGUCAGUCUCUGCAUUAUUAACAGAGUCCAGCCCUUCAGUCCCUAAUUUCGUGAAGGCUUCGUCAGAUGUCAUUGCACCUGUUCCUGUACCUAAACCUGUUGACAUGCCCAAUGGCAUCAUGUCUAAGCCAAGCCCUGAAAGUAUCAGUGGGUCUGCAGCCGACUCCAAGUCCUCAUCUUGAGUUAAACAAACAGACCUCUUUUGCUGGUACAGUAUUAAAAGGUGUCAUCAGAUAUUUGAGUACCUUAAUCAAGUAGAGGAACUGCAAAUUGGAUAUUCAAAAUAAAAAUAACUACAUUUGCAAGCACUGCAUAUAUGUAUGUAAUGAUUAACUUUUUUAUUAAAAAGAUUCUGAACUGGA